AUGGAGGUGAAACAGAGGUCACUGCUUGUCAGUGGAGAUAAUGACUUUGGUCAACUCUGUACGGGAAACAACAAGCCAACGAAAAAGUUGAUUGAACCCAAACUUCCACCAGAAGUUGCCAUUCAACAAGUUGCAGUUGGAUAUGAUCACACAUUGAUUUUAACAGAAACCAAUGAACUCUAUGUCUGUGGAAGUAAUGCCUAUGGUAAAUUAGGAAUGGGUAAAAACGUGGAAGAAAUCACCAAAUUAACACGUGUUGAUUUUUCACAUCUUCUUCAUCAUCGAAAAUUUGGUUCCUAUGACAGUGGCAGCAGUAAUGCUUUUGUCUCCACACCCACCACUUCGACCACUCCCAAUUUGUUGGGAAAAAAUUCUGUCACCGCCACUACAACCACUACUACUUCUGCUACUGCUUCAACAACAACAACAACCACUUUGGAUUCGACUACUACUUCUCCUGCUACCUUACCAAAUCUUCCUCAAGAGGAUUCUAAUAAUGGACUUGGUAUGCUUUCCACACUCUCACAGUUUGGAUCGAUGAGAUUGUCAUCGACUUCACUCAAAAAACAAACACCUGGGAAAAAAUCACCCUUAGGAAGAUUAUUUGAAUCGACGUCACAAGAUGUGGCUGCCAAUGAUUUUUUGGAAUUACAACGAAGGAAACGACCUACUUCAGGCGGUGCGGAUGCAUUGACGGAUGGUGGUAACUCAGCGACAACAACAAAUGAUUCUUCUAGUAUUAUUUCUUCGAGUGCUCCUGUCACCACCGAUACCUAUCUCAUCACUUCAGAAAAUGUCAUUGGGAAUCGAGUCAAUUCACCAAUCGAAGGCUCGAAUUCUUCUGAAUCUCCAAUGGGUUCCGAGAGCUUGGAUCGGGAUUCUACUCUCAACAGUAUUGUGCUGAAUAACAACAACAUCACGAACAACAACCAAAGCAAUCCAUCGAGUGCAACUCCACUUUCAGCAACCACACAUUAUGAUUAUCUUUUUGAUUCGAGCAAGGGGAGAAAACACAAAAAAUCAUCGACUCAUCAUCAGAACAUUGCCAAUGUCACAUCACCUCAAACAGAAGUUGGUUCUGGAAUUUCCUCAUCACAAAUUAUAUCCACCAUGGACGGAGAAGAAGUGCAAUUGAGUGUGAGUGGUGAAAACAAUGAACGUGUGAAUAUUCAUCAACAUGGAGACGACUCUUCAUUAAGCAGCAGUUUUAACACCUCUCCCAAUAUUAUCAUUUCAUCAGGAGGAUCCUCCGAAUUAACUGCUACGAAUGGUAAUAAUAAUAGCUUGAGUAACAGUAGUACUCUUCGUCGAAAUAGCGAUGCCAUUCCACCCACUCACCGUCGAAACGACUCUUCUGGAAUUCCCACCAUUAACACGAAUAGUGUGAAAACGUUGAGUAGUGGUAGUGGUGGUUCGAGUGGCGGUGAUGGUGGUGGUCACUCAGCAGCCGUCACAGAACGUGUUUCCUCUAUAGGUCACAGCAGUGGUCGAAGUAUGGGAAGUUUUGAUUUUGACAGCAUUGGAAGUGAUCCAUCCAUGACUCCAAUGAGUGAGGAUGACUUGAUUGGUUCAUUGGAUGAUGAAACUCAUAAGAGACAUAGUGGAGGUUUGAAACCAUUUGGUUCCAUGCUCAUUAAACAAAGAAAGACCAGUAAUGCCAAUCCAAAAGAUCUGGUCAUUCCCAGGUUAAAAUCAGAAGCCAUGAAUGAUGCUCGAGUUCAAUUAGAUUUUUUGAAAGAUAUUGCACAACAAACGACACCACAAACUGCAAGAGGUGCCUCUAGUUCCGAGAAAACAAUGCCUCCCUUCGAAAUUAAGAGUAUUUAUUGCAGUCGAAAUAAUUCUUUCAUUCUAACCAAAGAUGAUGAAAUAUACAUGUGUGGAGAACGUAGUUCAUGCUAUUUCAAGAGAUUGCAAGAUGAAGAAUUGGAAGGAAAAAAGAUUAAAUUAUUCGGAACAUCGCCCUUCUCGGAUCACUUUUUGAUUGUGACGUCACAACAAGAAGUCCUUGUUUCUGGAAACAACAGUAAUGGUCAACUCGGUGAUGGAACGACCUUAGAUUGUUAUGGAUUUCUGAAAAAGAUUAAAUUCGAUUUUGGAGAAGACUAUUCCGAUGAGGAGAAGAAAUAUGUGGAUUUUAAAUUUGUGGCAUGUGGCAGAGCUCAUACCUGCAUCGUUGCCACUCUGAAUGGUAAUUUCGAUGUAUUUUACAGCACUGGAAAUAAUCAAUUUUCACAAUUGGGAUAUGCACUUCCACUGGAAAGAUCUGAAUUUGAAAAUCCACCCAGUCUUCCAUUUGAAAGACAAACCAUUAAGGAUCUUGCAUGUGGUGCUCAACACACCAUGGUAUUAACCCUGAAUGGAGAACUGUGGGCAUGUGGAAAAGGAGAUUUAGGUCAAUUAGGUAAUGGAAGUUAUUCUCCCAAAAAUGAAUUCCAAAAAAUUGAUCUCUCUUCUUCGUACAUGUUGAGAAGAGUUUUCUGUGGAGGUGGAUUUACCGUAUUAUUGACCAAUGACAAUACUAUACUGAGAACAGGAGGAAAUUAUUAUGGUCAAAGCUUUCAAGGUAGUACAGAAAUGUCGUGUGAAUAUAAGGAACAAAAAAUGGGUUCCUCACUCCGUGUCUACACGGUGCAUCCAACGACUCUCUUUUGUAUCAUACAAGUGACCAAAACAUUGACCACAUCGAGCUCUCGAAGAACCUCAAGAACAGCAGAGACACCCACCGAAAGUAAGAAUCCAACUUUUAUGUUGAAACCUGGCAUGUUUGGAUCCAAAUCGAAAACUAAUUUAACAUUGAAUCUUGGUGGAAUUACGAGUAAGCUGGAGAAUGCAGGUGGUGGUUUUGAGGAAAAUUUCCUUGAAGAUGACGAUGAUUUAAGGCCAAAAACAACGAGAUAA